GAGACAUCCACUUUUCUGCAAACUCAAUUCUUUUCCCUCUGGAACUUUCCCCCCAUCAAAGCAAAGUUUUCAUCUCAUUUCUCAUGGAAACCCAGAGAAAAUGAAGACAUUAGAAUCACCUAACUCUCUUUAAUAUCUUAUUUCUCGUGAAAAAAUCUACAGAAAAUCGAAAAACAGAGACACACAGUUCCGAAAAAUCAUUACUUUCCGACUUGGUUUCACUUUCUUAGGAAAACAAACGAAAUAAAAUUAUAAACUCUGUUGUUGUUUUCUAACCAGAAACUAAUAAUGUCUUUGAGCAAUAAGGGAGCCACAUUGGCUCUAUUUCUAGCGUUGACCGUGGUGAUCGACUGCGUUUUCGGGAGGUUCAUCGUUGAGAAGAGCAGCGUAACGAUCCUAAGCCCUUUGGCAAUGCGGUCGAAGCACGACGCAGCCAUUGCUAACUUCGGUGUGCCUAACUACGGUGGUUACAUGAUCGGCUCCGUCGUCUACGCCGGUCAAGGAGCUUUUGGAUGUGACUCCUUUGGCAAAACUUUCAAACCCAAAUUCCCUCGUCCCACCAUCUUGAUCAUCGAUCGUGGAGAGUGCUACUUUGCAUUAAAGGUAUGGAACGGUCAAAAAUCCGGUGCAGCAGCAGUUCUAAUAGCAGAUAACGUGGACGAGUCAUUGAUAACAAUGGAUUCACCUGAAGAAUCCAAAGAAGCUGAUGACUUCAUAGAGAAACUAAGCAUUCCAUCUGCUUUAAUCGACCUUUCUUUCGCAAACACUCUCAAGCAAGCUCUUAAGAAAGGAGAGGAACUAGUCCUCAAGAUAGACUGGAGCGAGUCACUGCCUCAUCCCGAUGAGAGAGUUGAGUAUGAGCUAUGGACUAACACGAAUGAUGAGUGUGGUGCACGUUGCGAUGAGCAGAUGAAUUUUGUCAAGAACUUUAAAGGGCACGCGCAGAUUCUUGAAAAAGGAGGAUACUCUUUGUUCACACCUCAUUACAUUACAUGGUUUUGUCCUAAAGAUUAUAUUUCUAGUAAUCAGUGUAAGUCUCAGUGUAUAAACCAAGGGAGGUAUUGUGCUCCUGACCCUGAACAAGACUUUGGAGACGGAUACGAUGGGAAAGACAUCGUUUUCGAGAACUUGAGACAGUUAUGUGUUCAUAGAGUAGGGAAAGAGAUUAACAAGUCUUGGGUUUGGUGGGACUAUGUGACUGAUUUUCACAUUAGGUGUUCCAUGAAGGAGAAGAAGUAUAGCAAAGAAUGUGCAGAGAGUGUUGUGGAAUCUCUAGGUUUGCCACUUGACAAAAUCAAGAAAUGUAUGGGUGAUCCUGGAGCUGAUGUGGAGAAUGAGGUUUUAAAAGCUGAGCAAGCACUUCAGGUUGGACAGGGAGACCGUGGGGAUGUCACAAUCUUGCCAACUUUGAUCAUCAACGAUGCUCAAUACCGAGGAAAAUUGGAGAGUAGUUCGGUAUUAAAGGCUAUAUGUUCAGGGUUCAAGGAGAGAACCGAACCAGGGAUCUGUUUAAGUGGAGAUAUAGAAACAAAUGAAUGCCUUGAAGCAAAUGGAGGGUGUUGGCAGGACAAGAAAUCUAAUGUAACAGCUUGCAAGGACACAUUUAGGGGAAGAGUCUGUGAGUGCCCUGUUGUGAAUGGUGUGCAGUAUAAAGGAGAUGGUUAUACUUCAUGUGAACCUUAUGGACCUGCGAGAUGUUCAAUGAAUCAAGGAGGCUGCUGGUCUGAAACCAAAAAUGGCUUAACGUUCUCUGCUUGUUCGAACUCGGAGACAUCAGGAUGUCGUUGCCCUUCAGGUUUCAAAGGGGAUGGUCAUAAAUGUGAAGACAUUGAUGAAUGUAAGGAGAAAUCAGCUUGUCAAUGUGAUGGAUGCAAGUGUAACAACAAAUGGGGAAGCUUCGAAUGCAAAUGCUCUGGCAAUCGUCUCUACAUGAAAGAACAAGACACUUGUAUCGAGAAAAGCGGAUCAGGAAUCGGAUGGUUCUUGACAUUUGUGAUUCUAGCUGCAGUUGGAGGUAUCUGUGUAGGUGGUUACGUGUUCUACAAGUAUCGUCUCAGGUCUUACAUGGAUUCAGAAAUCAUGGCGAUUAUGUCUCAAUACAUGCCAUUGGAGAGCCAAAACACAAACGAUCCAUUAACUGGUGAAUCUCAACAGCUGAGAUUAACUUCUGCAGCCUAAAAUUUUUUCCACUAUUGUUUCAAAAGCUAAUUUGUUGUUGCGUCAACCCCAAGGAAAGUCUUAAAAAAAAGUUGAAGAAGAAAUUUUCUUUUCUUCUUUACUUCAUUCUUAUUGUUUAUCCUGAAAAACAACUUCGUUUGUGGCCAUUUUACCCUUUUCCCUACUAUUUUCGUUGUUGUAGAUAAAUAUAUGCUUAAGAUCUUAUAGGGUUACAUUUUGAAAGGAAGUUUGCAUUGAAAGUGCCAAUAAAAAGGGCUUUCUCAGGUCAUCUGUAAAUUACUGAAUGAAUUGGUUGAGGCUUU